UAUAUGUUACAUAUAUAUAUAUGUAUUUAUAUGAAAAGCAUGUGUAUUCAGUUAUAUAGAUAAGAUUAAUAAGUUUGCGAUUAAUAAGUUUGCAACGUGUGAUUUAUAUAUUAUUUAUUUUUGAAACUACAUUUCAAAAAUGUCGCUUAGCAACUGCGUUAAUCUAAAUAAUUCCAAUCUCGAUGGUAUGUCCUCUGACUUUUUAUACCAUCUGAAUAUCAAUGUGGCAAACACCAAGGACACUCAGGAUAUACAAAAGCAGUUCGGAGAUGUUCGGGUCAUCUGCAUGGGCGGCACUGGUAGACGGAUGCUGGAACUGGCUAAAUAUCUGCGUCUCAAGUUGGGUAUAAGUGGCGAAGGCGAACCGAUCGAUUUAUGUGAGGCUGGACAUCGCUAUACCGUCUACAAGGUGGGACCUGUUCUGUGUGCCAGCCAUGGUGUCGGUUCCUCGACGUGUUCCGUCGUCCUCCACGAGCUGCUUAAGCUGGUGAAGUAUGCCAAGUGCCAGGAUCCCAUAUUCCUGCGCAUUGGCACAUGUGGUGGACUGGGAGUUAAGCCAGGCACUGUUGUUGUGACCAAGGAUGCCUACAACGGCUACUUGAGAAACGAACAUGAGAUCCCGAUUCUGGGAGAGCGUGUUGUGCGACCAGCUAGUUUCCACGAACAACUCAUUGAGGACAUUGUAAAAUAUGGUACCCAAGCGGAUGAUGGUUUCGAAACCAUUAAGGCGAAUACGAUGUCCACCGAUUGUUUCUAUGAAGGUCAAGGUCGCACCGAUGGCGCUGUGUGCCAAUACACAGAGGAGCAGAAAAUGAAAUUUCUGCAAACGGCUUAUGAGAAAGGUAUACGAAAUAUCGAAAUGGAGGCAACAAUGAUGGCCUCAUUAACGCUCAUGGCUGGAGUCAGGGCCGGUGAUAUUUGUGUAACUUUAGUUAAUCGCCUAAAUGGCGAUCAGGUAACAAUCACAAUGGAUGAAAAACACGAGUUCGAGGAACGUCCAUUUCUAAUUGUGGGUCGUUUCAUUAAGCAUCUGCUGAACAACUGAUUAUAUCAGAUGAAAUAUGUAUUAUAUUCAUAUGUAUGUAUAUAUAUCCAUCAAAAUUAAUAAACACAGUCAUGGCAUGCAUAUAUUAAAUAUGACAGC